UGCCUAUAUAAGGAACAAUAGGGCGGCUGUCACUCAAUUGAUUGGUCAAACCGGAGCGGACUUGCCUUUAUGUAUUUUUUUCACAACAAUUUUUUUUGCUUGUUGGCAAGUUCGUUAGCAAUCCCACAGAAAUCUAAUGCAUAUUGAUCGUUGCUACUUUUGCUCGGGUCCUUGCUACCCGGGUCACGGCACGAUGUUUGUGCGUAAUGAUAGCAAGACCUUCCGAUUCUGCCGAUCAAAAUGCCACAAGAACUUUAAAAUGAAGCGUAACCCCCGUAAGGUUCGCUGGACCAAGGCCUUCCGUAAGGCUAGCGGCAAGGAAAUGGUUAUUGAUUCUACCUUUGAGUUUGAGAAACGCCGCAACGUUCCAGUCCGCUACGAUCGUAACCUCAUGGCUACCACUGUUAAGGCCAUGAAGCGUGUGCAGGAGAUUCGUGCCAAACGUGAACGUGUGUUCUACAAGAACCGUAUGUCUGGCAACUACGACAAGGAGAAGGCCGACGAUAUCAGAGUGGUCCAGCAAAACAUCGAGCUUGCUCCUUUGGAAGCCAAGAAGCGUCUCCAGGCUGCCAAGGUCGAAGAAGAAAAGGUCGAGAACAUGGAGAUGGACGAGUAAAAAAAAAGAAAACACACGCUGCUGCUACUACUACGAUACAUGUACAACUAUCAUCAUCAUCAUUACUACCACACCAUAUCGCUAUUGAAUUACUUACCACAUCAUCAACAACAAAAGCGCAUUUAACACAUAUACAAAGCUGGAACUGGCCAUGCAAAAUAAAAACGAGCUAUGAUUUGAAGGGAGAUACGAAUAAUUGGGUAAAUUAGCCUGAGGAGAUGUUAUCGACUGUUGUUAUAUGUAACAUUGCUGUGUCACUGCUCGAAGUACAUGUAGUUCAAUAAUGCUAUUGCUAAAUGUCGUCUCCAAAAUAUAAACUGCUUUCUUUCUAUAUU